AAGAAAUCAAAAUUUAUUAUUUCUAUCCGCAGAUAAAACAUUUUCUAGAGAUUAAAAUCAACAGUUCUCACAUUUCAUUGGCUAAAAGCACCCAAACGCGAUCACAUAUUUUCUCCUAAUUUGAAUUUACACGCGGACAGGAGCAAUGUAGUCGUGAGAUUUACUGCGUAAUGUUUUGAAAGUCAUUUGAAGUAAAUUAAUUUAAAAUUGAUUGGCAACGUUCACAAAAAUUAAGUCAAAAUGAAGUUUGCGGAGCACCUAUCGACUCAUAUUACAUCUGAAUGGAGGAAGCAAUACAUUAAUUAUGAGGAAAUGAAGCAAAUGCUCUACAAUGCCAUAGAAGCAGCACCAAGUGCAGAAAUUGCUGAUCCAGAAGUCCUAACCCGUUACUUUGCUAAAUUUGAUGAACAAUUCUUCAACUAUUGUGACAGCGAAUUAACAAAAAUCAACACAUUUUAUUCAGAGAAGCUUGCUGAGGCAACAAGAAAGUAUGCUGGACUUAGAUCAGAACUGUCAGAAGCUCAGAAUGAAGGAAUUUCUAUGGAAAAGUUUCAAAAAGCUAGAAAAAAUAUUUUACAAAGGAAGAAAAAAGAUGUCCGGAAAAUCCAGGAACUAAAGCUUGCAUUUUCAGAAUUUUAUCUGUCCCUCGUCCUGCUGCAAAAUUAUCAAAAUCUCAACUUUACAGGCUUCCGAAAAAUCCUCAAAAAACAUGACAAACUUUUAAAUAUUGACUUUGGUGCUAAAUGGCGACAAGAUCAUGUGGAACUUGCCCAUUUCUAUACGAAUAAGGACAUUGAUCGACUUAUUACUGAAACUGAAAAUGUCGUGACUCUCGAAAUUGAAGCUGGUGAUCGACAAAAAGCAAUGAAACGCCUUCGAGUGCCUCCACUUGGUGAACAGCAGAGUCCAUGGACAACUUUUAAAGUUGGAUUAUUUUCAGGUGCAUUUGUAGUGCUCGUUGUGUCUGUUGCCAUUGCUGCUUUGUUUAAGAAACCACCAGAAGACACUUGGAGAUCUGCUUUGAGGCUUUAUCGUGCUCCUUUUCUAUUCAUUGAGUUUUUGUUCCUGUGGUCGUUGAAUGUCUAUGGAUGGAGAUCGUGUGGUGUUAAUCACGUCCUCAUUUUCGAAAUUAAUCCAAGAAGUCAUCUCUCCGAGCAGCACAUAAUGGAACUGGCUGCAGUAUUUGGUGUCUUAUGGUGCAUAUCUGUACUUUCAUUCAUGUUUAGUAGUGCACUGAGCAUUCCAGCAUAUGUCAAUCCAUUACUGCUUUACAUCUUUAUGGCAUUAUUUUUACUUAAUCCUACAAAGACAUUCAGGCAUGAGGCGAGAUUUUGGACUGUUAAAAUUCUUAGUCGAGUUAUUUGUGCGCCAUUUUUCUAUGUAAAUUUCGCUGAUUUCUGGAUUGCAGAUCAGUUAAACAGUAUUGUCCCAGCAUUUUUGGAUCUUCAGUAUUUCUUUUGCUUUUACACAACAAAUGGCGAUUGGUCGAAGGCUGAAAAUCCACAACAAUGUACAGAAUCUUACGUGGUUCGAACAAUUGUUGCAAUGUUGCCUGCAUAUUUCCGAAUGGCUCAGUGCUUGCGACGUUUUCGAGACACCAAGGAAGCUUUUCCUCAUUUGGCUAAUGCUGCUAAAUACGCGUCAUCAUUUUUCGUUGUAAUUUUCUCAUCAAUUACGAUGGCAACAACUGGAAGCUAUCCAAAGUCAACACAUAAUCCAUUCUUCUAUUUUUGGAUUGUAUCGGCAAUUGUAUCGUCAUGUUAUGCUUAUGGAUGGGAUGUUUAUAUGGAUUGGGGAUUGAUGUCAAUGGAGGGCGAAAAUAAAUUUUUGAGAGACGAGAUUGUUUAUUCCAACACGUGGUUCUACUACAUUGCAAUGGUUGAAGACUUUAUUCUCCGAUUUGGAUGGACCCUCUCGAUGUCCUUAAUAGAAAUGGGCUACAUUGACUCUGACAUAAUGCUUUCAAUAUUAGCUCCAUUAGAAGUCUUUCGAAGAUUCAUUUGGAACUACUUCCGACUAGAGAAUGAGCAUCUUAAUAAUUGUGGUAAUUUCCGUGCCGUCCGUGACAUUUCAAUUGCACCAAUUACAGGAGCAUCUGAUGAGGCAAUGAUUCUUCGAAUGAUGGACGAUGAUGAUGGAGUAACAAACAGAAGGAAUAAGAAGGGUGGCAAGAAGAAGGAUCAGCGAUUAAUGCUGAAUGGAAUUGCUGACUCGCAAGAUGAUCUCGAUAUGGAUAACAAUGUGGCGCCUAAAACAAUCAUUGUUACCUCAACAUAUAAGUUACUUACAGCACCAAUCGAUCACAUAAAAAUGCUUGACAAUUUGUAAAUGACCAAAUGAGCAAAAUGACAAUUGCUGUUCUGCCAUGCUUUAGCGUGGAUUUUUGAAUUUUUAUUUAAAUUGUAUUCAGCCUCUUUCAGGAUAUUAAAAAUAGAAAAUUUAA